UACAGAGAGGGGGAUAUACAACCAGGCUGUGUUAAUUUUUUCAAUUGUAUUUAUUUAACCUAGCUCUCCGUGUCUAAAAUAAUAUUUUGCGACAGUUUGAUGCAAUUCUCUCUGCAGUCAACUGGCGUCAGCGUUUGUUCUUCCUCUCCAGCACCAGCAGCAUCGCAAGGGUCGCCAGUAUGUCUUGGUGCUGCUAGCGACACCUCUGACUGCCCCCAGCCAACACUCAACUUCCCGUCAAGAGCACAAACGAGAAGAGCGAGCAGCUGAAAAGGGGAACGACAGCGAGAACGACACACUCAGAGAGAACGCAAAUCGGAUAGUCGUAGAGAAGACGACGUUUUUGUAAUCCUGCAAAGACUGGAUAUAUUGCUCUUUUUGUUGGCUGGUUAAAUAGCCUGCUUCAGUCGCUGAAGCCAGGAGAACUCAGUGAGCAACCAAAGCCGCAGCUUGCAUAUUGACAGUCGCUACAGCGAGCUAGCUAACUAGCCUGGUAUCAUUAUCGUACUGCUUCAUUGUAGGGUUUUUUGGCUGGUGAGCAAACUGAUGGGACCCUUUCUGCGAUAGAAUACUACCCUCUCCCCCCGCCCGACGGAUCCUCGCUCGAAUCUGACUCGGGCGCUGUCGUCGCCGGGGGGUUGCCGAAUCAUAAGUCAGUCCCACCGGGGACGGAGGGCGGCGGUCCCUGGCCCCUGCCUUGGUUGUCACCGUCACUCUGGCCGACCUUAGCAGUGCCUGACCAUGGCAGGAAAUCUGAAGAGAGGCGGUGGGUUGAUCGGGAUGAUGAAGGAUGCUUUCCAGCCACACCAUCACCACCUCCACGCGCACCACCAGCCCUGCGCCGUGGACAAGAAGACUGUGGAGAAAUGCUGGAAACUCAUGGACAAGGUUGUCCGUCUGUGUCAGAACCCUAAGCUGGCUCUGAAGAACAGUCCUCCCUACAUCCUAGACCUGCUUCCUGACACCUAUCAGCACCUGCGAACCGUCCUCUCCCGCUACGAGGGCAAGAUGGAGACCCUGGGGGAGAACGAGUACUUCCGCGUGUUCAUGGAAAACCUGACAAAGAAGACCAAGCAGACCAUCAGCCUCUUCAAAGAGGGGAAGGAGCGCAUGUACGAGGAGAACUCCCAGCCCAGGAGGAACCUGACCAAGCUGUCUCUGAUCUUCAGCCACAUGCUGGCCGAGCUAAAGGCCAUCUUUCCCAACGGCCUGUUCCAGGGAGACAACUUCCGGAUCACCAAGGCCGACGCUGCCGACUUUUGGAGGAGGUCUUUUGGAGACAAAACCAUCGUGCCUUGGAAGGUGUUCCGCCAGGCGCUCCAUGAGUUCCAUCCAAUCAGCUCUGGGCUGGAGGCCAUGGCCCUCAAGUCCACCAUCGACCUCACCUGCAACGACUACAUCUCUGUGUUUGAGUUUGACAUCUUCACCAGGCUCUUCCAGCCCUGGUCGUCUCUGCUGCGUAACUGGAACAGUUUGGCGGUGACUCACCCAGGGUACAUGGCCUUCCUCACCUACGACGAGGUCAAGGCCAGACUGCAGAAGUUCAUCCAUAAACCUGGCAGCUACAUCUUCAGGCUGAGCUGUACGCGGCUGGGCCAGUGGGCUAUAGGCUACGUAACAGCAGAUGGAAACAUCCUGCAGACCAUCCCUCACAACAAGCCCCUCUUCCAGGCCCUCAUAGACGGAUUCAGGGAAGGAUUCUACCUGUUCCCUGACGGCCGGCCCCAGAACCCAGACCUCACAGGGCUGUGUGAACCCUCACCUCAGGACCACAUCAAAGUCACACAGGAGCAGUACGAGCUCUACUGUGAGAUGGGUUCUACGUUCCAGCUGUGUAAGAUCUGUGCGGAGAACGACAAAGAUGUGAAGAUAGAACCCUGCGGUCACCUGAUGUGCACUUCCUGUCUCACCGCAUGGCAGGAGUCAGAGGGCCAGGGCUGUCCGUUCUGCAGGUGUGAGAUCAAGGGGACUGAGCCUAUCGUGGUGGACCCCUUCGACCCCAAGGACAACGGCGGGAUCUCCUACGGAGGCAGCAGGGGCAUGUUCGGGGCGGAGGGCGCCCCCUCCCCCAGCUACGACGACGAUGACGACGACCGACUCGAAGACCCCCCCCUUAUGAUGAGCAACCUGGCCUGUAUGUUCAAGGUGGAGCGCCCCCCCUCGCCCAUGUCCCUGCCCCCCCAGUCCUCCCUGCCCCCCCAGUCCUCCCUGCCCCCUGUCCCUCCCAGACUGGACCUCCUGCAGCACAGACAACCCUCCAUGCCCCCCGGAGCCUCCAGCCCUGGGACCACCACCAAGGCACCGUCCCACCACAAGGACAAGCCCCUCCCCCUCCCCCCUGCGUUGCGGGACCUCCCUCCCCCCCCUCCGCCUGACCGCCCCCACCCUGCCGGCCUCGACGGGCGCCUCCAGAGACGGCCCCUCCCCUGCACCCCGGGGGACAAGCCCCCGCUGACCCCCUCAACCCGCUGCAUGGUGGACUGGAAUCCCCGCCCCGUCCCCAAGGCCCCCUCCUCCUCUUGCCCAGGCCUGGGGGGGUCCGGCGGCCGGGGAGGGGGCACCAGGGAGCUCUCCAACAGGCACUCCCUCCCCCUGGCCCUCCCCUCGGUCGAAGAGAUGCGCUCGGACACCCAGAGAAACAGCAGCUCACUCAGCCUGGACCACCAACUGAAUUUUGGAGCCUCAGUCUCGGCCAAUCAGGAUUACGACAACCCCAAGGUCAAGCCCUCCGCCUCCGCUAACGCCAUCUACUCUAUGGCUUCCAGACCCAGUCAGGCCAUUAGGAUGAUGCCUGGAGGGGAGCCCUACGAGAGUGACGAGGAGUCAGACUACAUGACCCCCUCCUCACGCCCCGUCCUGCCCCCUCUGGACAACCCCCCCGUAGGGGAGCCCCCCCCAGUCCCCAGACCCCAGACCCACCAGUCCAGCUCUCACACCUCAAGGCUGUCGCUGGCUGACCUGGAGGACGGCCCUCAGAUGUAUGAAGCCAUGUACAACAUCCAGUCCCAGGCUGAUCCCCUCCCAGCCCAGACCAGGAGCCCAGACUAUUCCGAGCUUCCCCCCCACUCCCUCACCAACGGACCCAGGGACCCCCCCUGCCCCAAAACGGAAGAAGAAGAGGAGGAGGAGAAGGAAGAGGAAGAGGAGAGCGGAUACGACAUCCCCAAACCCCGCCUCCCCCCGGCCCCCGCCCGCCGGACCCUGUCUGAGCUGGGGGGCUCCUCCUCUUCAUCGUCCUCCUCGUCUUCCUCCUCCUGCGCUGCCUUCAGCAGACUGUCCAUGGAUGUGGAGCCAGGCCUUACAGCUGCGUUGGGUGAGUCCAGCGAAGCCCCUGAACGCCCGCCCAAGCCCCUCCCUCGUCGCUUCAACUCUGACCGCCGGGGGAGCCCCGUGCCCACCCCUCCAGGAGGAGGAGCAGGAGGAGGAGCAGAGGCCUCCAGCCCUCAGAUCAGCGGUGAGAUUGAUCUUCUGAUGAGUCAGGGCUACUCCCAGCAGGACAUCCAGAAGGCCCUGAUGAUCGCUCAGAACAAUGUGGAGAUGGCUAAGGACAUCCUGCGAGAGUUUGUCUCCAUCCCCUCCAACGCACACAUCCUCACAUAGCAGCCUCUGCCCCAGGGUCGGCCCCUGCCCACCUGGCCUGACCCUUCCAUCCCUCACCACAGCCCCAGUCUAAGCCUCCUCUAUUUCC